AUGAUCUGUAUCGAUCACUUCCUCGUGAACAGCCUGCGUGCUGGCCUUGAUAUUUCGGCCGUGUCCACUCAAAACGAUACAAAGGAAAAUACAUCGAAUCAACGAACAAAGAAGAAUACAUCGAAAAAGGAUAUUAGAAAAAAUUACCCAAGAAACGAUACUACAGAAAAAUACACCAAAAAAAAAGAUACAAAGAAAAAUACAACGAAGAAACGGUAUACAGGAAAAUAUCAUACACAGAAGAAACGACGAUACACAGAAAUAUGCACAGAAGAAAAGACGAUACAGAAAUAUACACAGAAGAAACGACGAUACACAGAAAUAUGCACAGAAGAAACG